CGGCGUUGAGGAAGCUGCCUCGGCUUCGCAGCCCCGAGAGCGGAGUGGGCGGCUCAGGGCUACGACGGAGGAGCCAGCUGCGCUCGUUCCCGAAGGCCCCGCUGCCAAAGAAGCGAGAGGAGAACAGCCGCCGGAGUGGGCGGUGGCAGCAAAGGAAGUGGCGGCAGCGACGGCAGGCUGGAUCCCUCCCCGGGAAGAUGAGGCAGAGGCCCGGGGAGCUGAGCGGGCUGAGGUGGGGCGCUUUCCUCACAGCCGCCAGGACAAGAUGGCAGCGGCUGAGGAGGCGGCGGCAGCAGAAGCAACAGCAGCAGCCCGGGGUUGAGUCGGGCCUGGGAGGCGCCUCCUUGUAGUAGCUCUCCGGUCAUGCCGAGGGCUGAGGCGGCGGCGGCGGCGGCUGCGGGGAGUCCAGCGCUGCCCGAUCUGUGAAGGUAUGGCCUCACAAGUCUUGGUCUAUCCAUCAUAUAUUUAUCAAACUCAGCCAAGUGCCUUUUCUAAUGUGAAGAAACUGAAAGUGGAGCCAAGUAGUUGUGUAUAUCAUGAAAGAGCCUACCCACAGCUCUAUUUGAAUGGUAACAAUUUUGGAAUCACUCAGCCUCCCAGUAGGGUUGGUGCUUUCUUGCAAGCUACAAAUAUAUUUGACAGACCUCAAAGAGAGACUUUUUUGUUGCAGACCAGCACUGUUGGUUUAAAAACUAUUGCAGGUGCUACAAAAAUCUUAGCAGUGCAGGCACAGCGACCUCAAGUGGAAGCACCUUGGCCUGGGACACAGGAAAGUGAGUUGAACAUCUUGGACCGUCCCCAGCAAUGUGGAUUGAAGCGUAAGAGUGAAGAGUUAGAAAACCAGAGUGGCGCAAUGCAGAUUGUUGAUGAACUGCCUAUAUUGCCUGCUAUGUUGCAAACAAACUUGGGAAACCCAAUGGCAGUUAUGACAACUACUGCAGCUUCAAAACCAAAUGGUACCAGUGGUGAUGGAGAUUAUCAGUUAGUGCAGCAUGAGGUAUUAUGUUCUGUGAAAAAUACUUAUGAGGUUCUUGAUUUCCUUGGGCGAGGGACUUUUGGCCAAGUCGUAAAGUGCUGGAAAAGAGGGACAAAUGAAAUAGUGGCAAUCAAAAUCCUGAAGAACCACCCAUCUUAUGCACGCCAAGGACAAAUAGAAGUGAGCAUAUUAGGAAGAUUAAGUACAGAGAAUGCCGACGAGUUUAAUUUUGUGAAAGCCUAUGAGUGCUUUCAACAUCAUAACCAUACUUGCUUAGUUUUUGAGAUGUUGGAACAGAAUUUGUAUGACUUUCUGAAACAAAACAAAUUUAGCCCUCUUCAGCUAAGGGUAAUUCGGCCUAUUCUGCAACAGGUGGCCACUGCACUGAAAAAACUAAAAAGUCUUGGUUUAAUACAUGCUGACCUCAAACCAGAAAAUAUUAUGUUAGUGGAUCCAGCACGGCAGCCUUACCGAGUUAAGGUAAUUGACUUUGGAUCUGCUAGUCAUGUAUCAAAGACAGUCUGUUCAACAUACUUGCAAUCUCGCUAUUACAGAGCACCAGAAAUCAUAUUGGGUUUGCCAUUCUGUGAAGCCAUAGACAUGUGGUCAUUGGGCUGUGUGAUUGCUGAAUUAUUCCUUGGAUGGCCGCUAUAUCCAGGAGCCCUUGAAUAUGAUCAGAUUCGCUACAUUUCACAAACACAGGGAUUGCCUGCGGAGCAAUUGUUGAACCUUGGAACGAAGACCACACGAUUUUUCUGUAGAGAAAAAGAUGCAUCAUAUUCUGGUUGGAGAUUAAAGACACUGGAAGAACAUGAAGGUGAAACAGGUAUGAAAUCCAAAGAAGCCCGGAAAUACAUUUUCAACUGUUUGGAUGAUAUAGUGCAUGUGAACAUGGUGAUGGAUCUAGAAGGAAGUGAUCUUUUGGCAGAGAAAGCGGACAGAAGAGAGUUUGUCAGCCUUUUAAAGAAAAUGCUGUUAAUUGAUGCUAACUUGAGAAUCACUCCGGUUGACACACUGAGCCAUCCUUUUGUUACCAUGAAGCACCUCCUUGAUUUUCCUCACAGCAACCAUGUGAAAUCGUCUUUUCAUAUCAUGGAUGUUUGCAAGUACCGGUCAAAUUCAUUCGAGAUAAGCAAUUGCAAUAAAACAAUACAUUUGGGACCAGUUGCUGCAAGCAACACAUUAGGUCUGAUACCUAAUUUCACCAAGAUUGGCACAGUACAGAACCAGACAUUAGCUGCAACAGCCCACGCGGUUAUGCAUCCUGGAAUACCCUUACAGGCAGGAACGGCUCAGUUUGGUUGCAGUGAUGCUUUUCAUCAAACAUUGAUUAUAUGCCCCCCUGCUGUCCAAGGGAUUCCUGCUAAUCAUGGGAAAGCCAAUGGGUACUCUGUGAGAGUAGAUAAUGCAGUGCCAUUGGUAACACAGGCCCCAACCUUACUACAAAUAAGAGGCGUCCUCUCUCAGACAUGGUCUAAUAGAAGUCAGCAACUAUUGUUUCCUACAUGGCAACACAUAACUCCCGUGGCUCCUGCUACAACCCUGGCUUCUGAUUCUGUGGCUGGCCCACAGAGGCUUGGAGAAUGGGGGAAGAUGAUGCCUCAUGGUAAUCAUUAUAACUCAGUGAUGACCCAGCCACUCUUAACCAAUCAAAUAACUUUAUCUGCUCCUCAGCCAAUCAGUGUGGGCAUUGCACAUGUAGUUUGGCCUCAACCCACACCUACCAAGAGAAAUAAAACGAGGAAUAAUGCAUUACAAAAUACCAAUAUCCAAAAUUCGGCAUUUGUAUCUCCAAAGAUAAUUAAUAUGAAGGCUGAUGAGAAACUAAGUUUGGUAGAAACGCAGGACAAUCAUAAUUCAGAGAGGCAGGAAAACAGCUAUUGUAUGCCAUCUGUCAGGCAGGAUCCUGACCCAUCUGUUUCAAACAAGCAACGCCAGGCUAUCAUCAUUGCAGAUUCCCCAAGUCCAGCAGCCAGUGUGAUUACCAUCAGCAGUGACACAGAUGAAGAUGAUGCAAUGCACAGGCAUUCAGUUGCAGAGUGCAAAGGAAGUCUUGAUUGUGAAGCUUGCCAGAGUACACUAAAUAUUGACCGUGUGUGUUCAUUGAGUAGUCCUGACAGCACUUUGAGCACAAGCUCUUCUGGACAGUCAAGUCCAUCCCCUUGUAAGAGACCUAACAGCAUAUCAGAUGAUGAACAGGAAAGUGGCUGUGAUACUGUGGAUGGUUCCCCCAGCUCUGACUCUUCAGGCAAUGAUAGCCCAUUUCUAGCAAAUCGUUUUUCAGAAGCCUCCAAUAAAAAAGCAGAAACCAGAGCCUCUGCUAACCUAGAAGCCAAACCAACUGUAUGCACUGUGGUUGUGCCACCAAUAAGGAUACAGAACAGGUUAAAUGUAGACGGGCAAAUGACAAACUCAGUUAAUACCUGCCAACCGCUGGUAAAACGUCGAUCUGCUCGUGUAAAAACCAACCAUUCUUCUGCCUUGGGUAAUCGUCAGCGAAAAUUUAUGUCAGCAUUCCAUCAGCAGCAUUCGAACCUCAGUCAAGUUCAGCCAUUUGGAUCUGGGUCUCAGGAGUGGAAUGGAAACUGUGGUCAUUGGAGGCAGCAGACAUUCAUCCCAAAUAAUGUUGCUGGUCAUGCAUUUUCUCUUCCACAUGGAAGUCCCACUCAUACUUCAAUUCAUGCACAAUUGGCUGGAAAUACACAUCUUGGAGGACAGCCUGCAAUUCUACCUUACCCAUCAUCUGCAUCCCUCAGUACUGCUGCACCUGUGGCCCACAUUUUUGCAUCACCAUGUACCUCAAGACCAAUAUUACAUCAUCCCAGUUACAGUAUUUCUCAUCACGGUGGCAUAAUUCAUCAGAUCCCGGUGGGCAUAAAUCCCCGACUACUGCCUUCCCCAAACAUUCAACAGACUCGAUAUAAACCAAUUUUCCCACCACAUUCUUACAUUGCAUCACCUGCUUACACAGGAUUUCCACUGAGUCCAACAAAACUCAGCCAAUAUCCAUUUAUGUGAGACUCAAAUUACAGUAUGCUGUCAAAGCUCAGAUAUAUAUAGAUAUAUAUAUAUAUACAUAGAGAUAUAGAAAGAUAUGUGAUUUGAGAGGAAAACAUGGUAUUUAAUAAAUAUUAGCCAUGGCACAAGAAAAUUAUUUUUUUUUAAUCAUGUUAGACUUGGGUGCAAUUUAAAUAACCUUGAGCUUUAACUCACUUUCAAUGUGUGUUUUGCACAUUUGGUAUAAAUUUGUCUUUCGUCAUGUUACCUUCUUACGAAAUAACUCCAAACAGGUGACUUAAGGGAGUAAAAAUUCAGUUUUGCUCCUACUAUUUUUAUAAAAUUGCCUUCUGAUCUAGUGCGAGGCACUUCUACAUUUGGGAAGCCAUUGAGUGUACAGGUUUAGAGCAACAGAUGCACAUGUCAUCAGUAUCAUGUAUGAGUAACUUGUUUGUAUUAUGUAUCUUGAUGUUCUGUGUUGAAUCACAUACCUAAAAAGGUUGAACUGUUCUCCACAUUGCAUGUGUCCCUUGAAUGGACAAAAAUGCAGUUGCCUAGAAAACUGCUCUUAAAUGUUGGUGUGUCCUGAUAAUCUCAGCUGCAUUGUAAACCGGUUCCCACAUAGUGCCUUAAAUAUUCAAGGUUGUUAAUGUCACUGCGUUAUAGAUGUUGAGGACUGCAGCACUUAACACUCAGAUUUGUUGAUUCUUUGAUAGAUUAAUGCACGCUCACUACUUACUUUCUUUUUUGUUGUGUGUGGUAUGAUUUUAGUACUGGGUGAGAUUUCUUUUUUGGAAAACAGCAUGCGUUGCUGUUAAACGAAUUCCGCUGUCUGAUAGUUUUCCUUAAAAUAAGCUUCAAGAAAAGCAUUUUGUAGUGUUUAGGAAAAGUUGAUUCAUUAGCUUGUUGAAUUAAAAAAAAUGGUGUUUUAUACUGUCUGGUGAAACUGCAAUACAAUCUAAAGUAGUUUAUUUUCAAAGUGUUUUAUAUCCAACUGGAUUUAACAACCUGUUUAAAGGUAUAGUAAGAAUUAUCUGGGUAGAUAGUGAAAGAAAAUAAAAGCAAAAUGCUUGUUGAUUCAUACUGUGGUUUCAUCUUAGCUUGAGCAAACCAUGCAGUAUUUAAUAAAUAGUAGCAGAAUAUUUACUGUUGAAGCUUGAAAUGAUGUGAGUACUUUUUGUGCAAUUUUUCAUUUAUGCAUGGGAGAGGUUUUAGCUUUUUUACAUUAUGGUAUUUGUUCUAGAGUUUGGGGAGUAUUUUCUUAUUUAAAUACAUUCCAUCAGGGACAACAGAUGACAUGCAUUUUCCCUAGGUAGUCAAUCUCUGUGUUUAUUUUGUUCAAAUGAAAUUGCUUUUGCAGCACCAAAGACUUAAUCAUCCGUUUUCUAUAAAAGGUAGCUACUUUUUUCAUAGACCUCAAAUAUACUGUAGUGCUAUGGUGGAUUUAAAGGAACUGAGGUUGUGAUCUAGCUUGUGAGGCAAAUAAUAAAUUGCAUCAUUUAUCUUGAAUGUAUCAUAGAUAAGCUGCUAUAUAAUGAUUGCCACUUCAAAUAGCUGUGAAAUUAGGUGAUUUAACUAGUUUUUAGCCUUCUAAUUUCUGUAUAAGUCUAAUUACAUGAAAUGGAAGUAGAGGGUUGAUUUUGUUUUGUUUCCUUUCAUGUUUGGAGUGUUGUAACUACUAUAUUGUAAAUGAUGGAAAACAAUUUGCAUAUGUUACUUUGAGUGUGUUAUUUGCAUCAGUAUUUUAUCUCUAUUAACUAUCAUUGCAUAUAAGUGGCUGUAUUCAUGUAAUAUAAUUUUUAUGUGUUCAUACUGACAUUGUGCAGACGCUUAAACUACUUACUUACCUUUUUAAAUAAAUGUUCCUGGAAUACGGUUCUUGCAGCAUAGACUGGAAUAGGAGUGGAAAGAGUUUCUUUCAAGCACAAUCCUAAGCAUGUUUAUUUAAAAGCGAUCCUACUGACUUUAGUGGGGCUUGCUUCUAGGAAAGUGUGCAUAAGAUUGAAGCCUGAGUAGUCUAGCAGUUGAAAGAGUUUUUUCCUUUGCUCCAUUAACACAAGCAGUGUUUUAUUUAAUGAAUGUCUAAUUGAAAUAAAUGUGCCUGUAUCUGAAAUAUAGCAGUAUUAGUUCAUUAAAAAAAAAAGACCAGCAGUACAUUGUAAUGACCAAACAUGGUACUAAAUUCUCUCUUUCCCAUUAUGCUUGAGCUACAAUCAGAGAGCCACAGCUCUGCGGGGCCAGUGGGGGCAGUUUUGCCACCUGCCUUGUCAAGCAAAAGCACUUCUGAAAUACUGAAAAGAUUAAAAACCAGUUUGUGGAAUUGAAAGAAUUGCUACUGAAAGAAAAAAAAAGACUCAGUAGGCCCAUAUUAGUCAUUAAGUGUACCCAAAGGAGUAUGCUGGAUUUCAACUUCAGUGAUUUCUCACAGAUAAUUGUAUGCAUUUUGUAUAAACAAGACUUCUCUUUCUGUAUGUAUCUCUCUUAAUGCAAGAGUAACCUGAUACCUUUGAAAACUUUGUCAUUUUCUGAAACUUAUAUAGAGGAAAUCCAGAAAAUCACCAGGUAGAUUUGUCAUUCUUCUUAAUAUUUAUGGUUCCGUAAUUUCCUGUCUUCUCUUAAGUUCCCAGUUUUGGGAAUCGGGUUUCUUGGGUGCUAUUUCCAUUGCUGGCAUUGGACUCACCAAGACCCACAAAAAACACAAGGUAACUUACUUUUCCACAACAAUUGAAUGGAGGAAAAUGUUCUCCUUAAAAACUGGAUCUUCCUUUCUCUGAAGUAUUUACUUUGCUUUUCAGUUGCGUUCAGGAUAUAAAGCUAAUGUACAUGGAACAAUAUGCCAGGUUAAACACUAACAUUUUAUCAGUAUACUGCAGAGGAAGCCUGUGGUUCCUUGUGUACUGUAAAAUAUUUUUAACUUUUCAGAAGUGAAAAAUAGGAUCUACCACAACCAACACUAAAAAUAAUGUACAACCAGUUCUUUAAUGAGAUUUUCAAAGAAGGAUCGGAUUGUAUUCCCUCUCUCAGGCUGUAAUCCAUGAUUUCACCCCAGAGCAGUCAAGUUGACUCCGGUUAGCUAUUGAAUAGCUUGGCUACUUGGUGGCUGUAGCUAAUGCUUUUUAAAUAAAACACUGCACGAUAAAUUGUGUACUAUUUUUAAUUUGGAGAGUAAUUUUUAUAUUAAUUCCUUGUAUUCAGUUUUUAACUUUAAUUCAGGGUGUGCUAUUGAUCAAGUAUACUACUGUAUUUACUAAUUAUUUUGCUUUAUUUUUUUUUAAAUACUCUGUACUUACUGCUAAAUUUAACUUGAUUUUUGUUAAAACUAAAAUUCACACUGCAAACCAUAGAUUUGUUUUAGGAUUGAGUACAUAGGUUUGGUUGUUAAGUUUGAACUAUUAUCGCUUAAUAAUGAUUUGGAGAAUUGUGGCUUUUUUGUUCCUGAUUUCUGUGCUACACUAGUUUGUCAUGUAGCAAUUGCACUGUGCAAUAUUACAAUAAGAGGACUGGGAAAAUUUUUAUGGAUAUAAUGUUUCCUACAGUUUGCGAUAGUAUUUCUCUCUAGUUCUCAGCGAUUUAAAUGUGACCAAGCCUUCUGUACUUUGUCACAAAAAGCGGGUUUUCCAGGUGACUAUUUUGGUGAGUGUCAAAAUAAGAAUUUAUGGUGUAAUACUGUCAAGAUUCACUUUGAAUUAAAAUAUACGGUAUAUUGCAGCAA